CAUUGGUUGUAUACGAAUCCUUCAUGGUAUGAAGGUCAUACUUCCGUGAUAAGAGUUUGAAACUCUACUUUCACCUUCUAUAUGUGAAUGCUGUCUAUAUCAAUGGCUACCAUUUUUGCGAUAUAGUGAUCAAUAUAUAACUUGAUUUAUGUCUGCCAACAAGAAUAGAGGUUGUUUGUAACAUCUUCUAAUGGAAGAUAACAACAAUGUUGUGAUUCCAUCGGCCCUUUUCCUACCAUCGCCUGGUGAAGAGGGAUUUGGCACAGAACGUCGUGUGUUGCGUCUUACCUAUGUCGAAACAGCCAAAAAAAAGUCUUCCAAUGUAGAGAGAUCAUGGGAAAUUCCUACUUAUGGGAGUUGCAUCAUUGGCAACGAAAGUUCGCAAAUAGAUGCUGAUACGUGUUCUUUUCAGUUGGACGUUCCUUACUCUGUCGAUGAGUAUGCUCCAGAAGCGCCACCCAAAGGACGUUUUUCUUUGAAAAGGGCCAUGGAUUCCAUCGAUUCAACAGUUGAAAUAUCUAGUUUUAUCAACACUGGCAUGCUUAUAAAAUGCCUGGAGUUGAUAGGUCCAGUUAACAUGGAUGGUACUAAUAAUAGCAGCAUUUUAAUCGUGUCAAGUUGUCAAAAGACGCCAAAUUGCAAUACGCAAGCUGAUAUACAAUCUGGUUAUUUAAUUAUACACGAGCUACCGAUUAAUCAUCUCUUACAUGAGACAUCAAGCGAAAAUACGACUUUUAAGCUAACCUUCCGUAAACCACACUUUGCAAAAUUGUGCAAAUUAAAGAAAGGAACAUGUGUUGCUUUUGAGUGGAUCAAUCCGUCAGCGUUUUACAAGGUGCAAACUACCAUUAAGGACACUGGGAUUUUAAUGGUUAUUCUCAUGGAUGAUGGAUCUAUAUCCAUGUGCAAAAUACCUUUGGACUUUGCGAAUUAUGCAGAUAAUUUGUCGCCUGAAACGGAGAAUAAAGUUGACACCUCAAAUCUAACUCUAUGGAAAUUCGAUCCAAAAAAUUAUAUAGAAGAUCAAAUGAUUACUUGCAUUGCAAUUUCCCAUCGCAACGAACCUGUUGAUUCCCAAAGUAAGCAUUUUUACAUUAUCCGUAUUCAUUGCUAUUCCACAGAAGGGACUUCAUCCGGGUAUAACCCAGUGGUGACAGUGGUAGGCGGUACCAAUGAUGGAUAUAUUCAUAUUUGGCAUUUUGAGUGGGAACAUCUGGUUAAGGCUGCUCAAUUUGAUUCCCAAGAUUAUUCCGCUCCCUUGAAACCAUGUUUCAGCCAGAGUAUACCUGUAUUCAAUGACCCCAAAGAAUCUUGCGCAUUUCGUCGAUUGGUUUCAGUUAGCUUUUUGCCAUGUCCAGAGUCCUAUACAUUGGCAAUAACAACUUAUUUAGGCAAUGUUAUUGUGUGGGACAUUCGUAACGCUACCCUCGAUGGUGAGAUCUGCGCAUACCAGAGUAUUUACCGUCCUCUCACUAUGUCAAAAUGGUCCGCCAAUCAGCAGCAUCUAAUGAUGGGCGGAUCAGUGGUGAUGACUGUCGAAUGGCAGGUGAAACCUGGAUUGACAACCCUAUCCUCUGAUCGUACCCCAAACAUUUUGUACAAAGGAGCGUUUGAUAACAUAUGUUGGUCCAUGGAUACAACGGCACACCAUACAUACUUUGUUUAUGAUGAUGGCUUAUUUUUAAAAGUGCCAAUCUACUCUGUAGGUCGCCGCAACACCCAAGAUACCAUGAUUACCUACUUGUGGGAGCCUAUUGAAAUUGAAGGUCACGAUCGGGUUGCGAGUGCCAGUGAUAUGCUUUGCACAGAUCCUGUUGAGCAAGCUCACGAGAUUGCCAGGCGUCAGUUUGAACUUGACCUUUCCUUUAUUCUGGAAAACGGCGUUAGAGUGACUUUAAAUGGUAGGGCUCAUCGUGCACGAAAGGGCUCCAAAGCUACCCCCGGACGAUUAAUACGAAGCAAAGCGCUCUCACAUCACUGUGUAAAGGCUAGGGACAUCAUAUUUGAUAAUUUCAGCCUUGCAUUUACUGCGUAUGGCGGCAACACGGGGUUAAUCCACCUAAUGAUUGCUAAAAUGUGA